AUGUUGUCUAACCUCAUCAACGGCAUAAUAGCUGUUGCCGGAGGCCACUCAACCACAGACGCGAACGAUGCCCCCGCCCACUCGCCAACUCUCGACCUGCCCUUGUCUAGGGACUCACCACCCGCCUCAAGAUCCACCCCCACUGUCAUAGACCUCUCUUCGCCCACAAAACCCCCAAGAAAACCCCAGCGCGACGAGAAAAUUUCUGGGAAAUCUCUCUCACGGCCAUCAAAACGUGCUAUAAGCGAGGACGAGAGGCGCCUGGUUGGUGAUUACGAAGUUCCAGCAGAUGCAGUCUCUAUACCCAACCCGUCGUCCUGGAUGUCGGAUCCACGAACCAUGCACAACAAGCCGGGCGCGAACAAGGGAUACAGGCCAGUCGACACACUCAACGGCGUAGCUCGCGCAGCAAUUCGGAAGCCUACAACGUAUGGGAAACAUACCCGUCCCCGUCCCGUGUUAAUAGGCCAGUCGCCAGGUCCGGGUCAGACAGCCUACUCCGAGUUCCAACGAAGCAAGGUACCUACCACACCAAGCCGGCAUGGAUUGUCACGAGGCGAAGAGGGUCAAUGGUCUGGUGGACCUGCAUCCGCAAAACGCAGGAAGACUGAGCAUAUAACCCUAGACGAUGACGAAGACGAUGAAGCCAUGGUGGUGACACGGCCUGAAGCGUCUACCCCUCGCAGGCUGUCUGAUGAAAGACCAGUCUCGGCUAUGUCAUCACAAUCACGUCCUAGUAUUGACAGUGGAAGUACUGGGGCUGAAUUCAAGAUACACCGAACCACAAACGAGUUCCGAGAAGUCGACGGGCUCAUUAAUCCUUCUGCAAAGAAGCCCAGACAAGCAAGUUGCAUUAAGCGCCAAGCUCGCCGGAAUAAUUCCCCUACCGGCCGUGGCACCCUAUCUGAUGAAGCCCACCAGUUCAUUUUACGGGGUUUUAAACAAGGCGAGCCUCAAAAAUUCGUAGAGCGACCAAUCACUUCUGAACAUUUCCCUGAAGCCCGAAUCAACGAAUCGACCACAGAGCAGCCAAGUACCAGCCGCCCCGUCACUAACAACAGCCCCAAUCUCCGUACUCAACAUCAACCAGUGCCUAGGCGAUUAGAUCAGGCUGAAGAUAGCGACAGCGCCGAUGAGCUUGCCAUUUCACCCGUUGCUACCAGGAAGCAGAUCCUGUCACCGUCAAAAGUAAAGAAGGCCGUACAGAGUGGUGCCAAACGAAAUGGACACAGCAAAUCCAGCAGUAAUUCUUGGCCGUUGUCAUUUGCAAGAUCGUAUGACUUUGACGUGGCCGGCUCCAAAAUGGAGGGCGAACAUACUACUCUGGUUCUGCGAAGCGACCCGAAAGGCUUGCGCGUCCAGAAGUACAACACAGAGGGCUAUGAGACAGUCAUUUUUAUCCAUCCUCAAGAAGUCAAUAAGGUCCAUGCAGAUGAGACAAGCCGUGUUCGCCUGGAAGGACCCAGGAAUGCAGAUGGCAAUAUUCCCAUAUUUGAUCUUGAGUUUCUCAACACAAGUGACUUUUUGGCAUUCUGCAAUUCACAUGCAGCGUCUCUGACAACAAGCGGCAAGAUUCUUUCGAAAGAAAAUGAACACAUGCGCCGAUUGUUUACUUCGCCUCUACGAGCAAGGAAUGAUAAAGUAGCAAUGUCUGAAGUCUCAGAUAACGCUUUAACAGACUUCAAGAGUCAUGGAACGCAUUCUGAGCAGGCGGAGAAGUCACUUGGGGUUCGAGAGCGGCGCCACGAAAGGGGUGUCGAAGACAGAUUCACCGUUGAUAAUACGAGAACAGCCACAGCAUUGAUCCGUUCAUCACGCUCACGACCAUUGACGUCCACACGUCUUGAAAGGAGUAGUCCUGAAAUUGUUGAGGUGCCAAAAUACUCCAUCGACAAGGGACUAGGACGACCCUGGACCAAGUCCCUUGAGUAUGGGGAAGGGCGUCAGCGUGCUAUAGUGCACUUUGAUGACUUGCCUCGACUGGACGAAGAGGAGUACUUGAAUGACAGUCUGAUAGACUUCUACAUGAUCUAUCUCUUCAAAAAGCUCAACGUUCCUGCUGACAAGGUCUAUUUCUUCAAUACCUACUUCUUUACCAGACUCACAGAAAAUGCUGGCCGCAAAUCGAUGAACUACAAAGCUGUCGAGCGCUGGACAUCUAAGAUUGACAUUUUCACCUACGACUAUAUCGUUGUACCUAUCAAUGAAUCACAGUCGCAUUGGUACUUGGCGAUUAUUUGCAAUGUCUCAAACAUCCAGCGCAAGCCCGUGCUCGAAGAUAUCGAUGACCCACAGCUUCGCAUGCAAGAAACACCUGAAUUGUCUGCCAUAUCAACUACAGCAAGCGACGGGGAGGGGCACAAAAAGUUGCAAUCGACGUCAAAUCCAAACUCACCUAUGAAGGUCGAAGAAGUGCAUAGCCAACAGGAUGAAGAUCCCAACCUCUUCGAUGAGGUGACGAUAUCCUUAGUUGAUCGUGAUGACCCUGGAACAGGAGCUCGACCCCGGACUGGGGUUGACGAAUCCAAUGCAGUAACUCUUGAAUCGGAAACUGAACAUAUGGAGACGCCGCAGACCGCUAGUGAUCUGGAAGUCCCAUCCCGAGGGAAGCUGGUGCAAUCAAGUCUAUCGUUUGCCAAGAACAAGAACAAACGCAAGGUUGUCCCUAAGAGAGAUCCUACUCAACCAGUAGUUGUUGUUCUCGACUCUCUCGGGGGGAUUGCCCGUAGUGGGGCAGUUCGCACCCUUAAAGACUGGAUAGCAGCAGAAGGCAAAAGCAAGCGGGGCAUGGAAGCAGUCAUCAAAGAGAAUGGCUACUACCCAAAAGGCUCCCAGAUUCCGAUGCAGAACAACUGGACCGACUGUGGUGUUUAUCUACUCGGUUACAUCGAGAAGUUUUUUCAAAAUCCGGACGAGUUCAUGCACAAGCUAUUGACGGGAUCCAUGUCGGCUGAAGAAGACUGGCCAGAGCUCAAUCCUUCAGUCAUGAGGCACAAAAUGCGAGAAAUCAUAUUCGAAUGUCACAAGCAGCAAGAGGUAGCAAGGGCGGCACAGAAGAAGGCAAAGAAGGAAUCGAUGCAGUCAAAGGUUUCGCCUGAUCCGACAGCGAAACAGACGACUAAAGAAACCUCGUGUGAAAGAUCACCGGAUACAAAGACGGAGGCAAAAAGUGACAAGCAUGCUGCCGAUGGAGAUGGCCUACCGCGAGCUGAACCGUCUCCCACUUUACCUCUUCCAAGACUCGGUUCGCCUUUUGAACCUGGCAAGGACAAUUCAGCCUCAGUCAAGCACUCGUCGCAGGGAGGCGCGACUAAAGAUUCAAACUCACCCCCAACAACCAAUUCUCCUGCCAAACCAGGACUUGCUAGCCAUUCUAAUGUGUCACCGAGACGCCAUAGCCCGGAGGUUCGCGUAAACAGCAGGAUUGUCCAGCCACACAAGUCAGCCAGUGACACGCAUAACAGUCCCGACAGACUGACUGACCAGACUGGACACAUCGAUCAAAAGGACCAAGAAUCUCGCUUGUUCGGCCUUAGCAAGCGUCAAAGACAGGACAACCACGAUCAUCUGACAGGCUCACCAAAUGCCAAAAGACCACAGAUGGACCCGUCAUUGAAAAAGAAGAGAGAUGGAUCUUCUGGAAUCAAGGCCAAGUCCCCACGUAGCCGUGAGGGUAGCGCGCCGGAUGCACCCAUUGAAAUUAAGGAUUCGCAAGAGAUGGAAGUUGAGGGCCCUGGACUGCGUCCUCCUUUGCAGCCUCGUGCCGACAAACAUCAUAUGCCAUCAUCGCAACCACCGAGACCGAUACAGAUGCUUCAGCCCUCACCUUCCUUUGAGGAAAUCCCCCCGCCACUACCGCGCAGCAAGAUUGUCGAGUCCGGUAAGAAGGACACAUCAACUGGUGGCCAGGUCGAUGACGACUACGAGAAGGACCAUGCUCGUCGGUCCAGAGCACCAGACCCAAGCCAGCCCAGCCAAAACUUGCAACGCAGCGAAGAAGGGACUGAUGAUACUGUGGAAGCAAUCUCACAAUCCACCGACCAAAUGCAGUUGGAUGGGACUCAAGAUAGUACUAUAGUGCGAGAAACACCUGAGCCAGCGAGGAGUCCCAUCACCACAAAAGACAAGACAAUAUAG